UUUUAGUAAAAACACUACCAAUCUAGUUCUUUUCAUAGAGUAUAAGUGUCUUAUACUAAGUGUCUUAUUAGUUAUUCGACUAAAUUGUUCAAGUAUUGCAUGUGCAAGUAUUGAAGAAGCAAACUGGUAUAUGUUUGCUUCAUGCUGCUAUUCAAACAUAAAGACGUAGUUGUAAACUAGUUGUCAACUUAAAGUUCUACUGUUUUACUUAUAGUAUACCAAAAGUAUUUUAUAAACCAAAAAGUGGGCCUACUUAGUCUGAUGCAGACUUGUAGAUAUAGAAAUAGUUAACUUACAAGUGUAGCCUACUAUUGCUGAUAUUGAUACACUCAAGUAUACUUAAUCAAAUGAACUGAAGGGUUCUUUCUAACACAGCCGGUAGUUGGUAAACUAAGAUUACAAAUGCUUUUCAUUAAUGCUGAAUUCAUUAAAAAAGCUUUCCUAACAUGAUGACACAGAGACUGACUGACAUACAGAUAAAUGGGUAACAAUUAAAUAUGCAUGACACAGAAGUGACAAGUUAUCACAAAUAUUUACACAGCAGUGUUGAACAACUGGUAUCUAUUAUAAUUUAAAGCCAUUUAUAUUUGUGUACUUACUAUACUCAGUUUUAUAUAACUAAUUACUACACUAUGGAAGCUGCCUUAUUGAUUUCCUUCAGAAUUUUAUUUUUUUCUCUUCCUUGAGGAUGUAUUUGGAAAACUUUUGUUUGCCUUUUGUCAUUUACCAUACUACACCCCUGUUUUACUUUACAUAGCUUUGCUGUGUAACAAGAGAACACGCGUGUCAGUUUUGUGUAUUAUUGAGGUGUGGCAGGUGCCUAGCUUUCAUAUUGAAGGAACACCUGAAGGAAAGCCCUGUAGUCUUUGAUCAAGUUUUUGGAUUACAAAAAUGACUUGAUUCUUAUAGAACUGGACAAGAGAACCCAAGGAGUUACUGUGUGACAAAAUACCAAAUCUACCACAAAGUGACCCACUGACCCUCUCAUCCAUUUAACCAUGCCACCAAACCCUCCCCGAAUAAAACCCACUAAAACCAGCCCUCACACCAAUAGCACGACAGCUGCUCCUGGGUUCCUGCCCUCCAUACUGGACAAGAUUCCUUUGCCAAGAUGGGCCAUCUAUACUAUAAUCGCUGCCAUCAUCCUGCUGGUUCUGAUCUGCGUGGUGUGCUGCUGCGUAAAAUGUUGCUGCAAAAGGAAAAAGAAGAGGAAGAAAGUGGAACACAAGAUCAGCAUGAAGGGGAUGUCAGGGACCACCACCACAGCACUGGUGCAGCCUGGUGCAGAAGAUGUUGAAGGAGGUUCAGCCAAUCAGCCGAGAGGAAAACUGCAGUACUCACUUGAGUUUAAUGCAUCCAGAUCAGAGCUGUUGGUGGGAAUAAAAGAAGCGGCUUCAUUAAAAGCAAUGGAUUCAGGAGGAUCGUCUGACCCUUAUGUAAAGGUUUAUAUCCUCCCCAGCAAGACCAAAACAUGUGAGACCAAAGUCUUCAGAAAAACACUUAACCCUGCGUUCAAUGAACAAUUUAAAUAUCAGAUCCCUCAGAAAGAGUUGGUUGAGUCCACAUUAGUUAUGCAGGUGUAUGAUUUUAACAGAUUCUCCAAACAUGACAUCAUCGGCGAGAUCAGAAUGAAUCUGUCCACUGUGGACUGGAAUCAUGUGAUAGAGGAAUGGAGCGAUUUGACUGAAGCAUCCAAAAAUGAGCAAGAACAUCUGGGAGAUAUCUGUUUUUCUCUUCGCUACGUCCCGACUAGCAGUAAACUAACUGUGAUCAUACUUGAAGCCAAGAACUUGAAGAAGAUGGAUCAUGAUGGUUUUUCAGAUCCUUAUGUCAAAGUUCAGUUGAUUUUGGAUAAAAAGAAGUGGAAGAAAAAAAAGACGUCAGUGAAGAAACAAACACUCAAUCCCUACUUCAAUGAAUCAAUCACAUUUGAAGUAUCAUUUGAACAAAUUCAGAAAGUUCAACUUGUCAUCUCAGUCUGGGACCAUGACAAAAUGACCAAGAACGAUGCGAUUGGUAAGAUCUACCUGGGCUGCGAUGCUACAGGAAACCAGCUGCGACAUUGGGCAGAUAUGCUGUCUAAUCCACGCAAGCCUGUUGCCCAGUGGCACACGUUACUGUCUGCUGAACAGGUGGACACCACACUGGCCCUGAAACACACAAUAAAGAUCCCAUUUAUAAAUAAAACCUUCUGAAGACCAGGUUUAGCAAACCAUUCCUUUAUGUUAUAACUACAGCACUUACAAAUUCAAUAGACGCUCUGCAAGAUGACCAGACCGUGGACCAAUAAGAAUAUGUAUUUUUUUAAUGCUUUUAUUAGGGCUUGGGCGAUAUAUAUCGAUUCGUAUUAAUUAUACCUACCUUGGGCGAUUGUGAAAUCGCAAAGGCUUCGAUUCUGUUUCAUGCACACUUCUUCCUCUUUGAUCAGUAGGAAGUAAUUUACUGCUCAAUCUAAAUUCACUACGAGAUUGAGUCGUUUAUGACGUGCAUUUGAAAAAGUCUAACUCGUCAAACAUCAUCAUUAUAAAUAUACUUUAUUAUCAUGAAAAUACCUUAAAAGGUUUGAAGAAUGGCAAUAGAACAUGACCAUUGGCAUUUCCUGGAACUAUGUGUGUAAAUCGUACUUCUGUGUCCCGUGUUCAAAGUUUCUGCGCGAGAGCGCCCUCUGGCUUUUGGAUGUUGAGGCAUUUAACCUUAAUUCAUUGGGUACUGAGCAAAAGAAUUGCAUGAUAUAUCGUCCAAGCCCUUUAUUUUAUUUGGCUGUAUUUUAUCAGUGAAAUGACAAUAUUUGCACAGGUGGUGAGAUACUAUAUCUUUAAAUUAUUUAAACAAGGCUUAUUCGGUAACUGACUGUUCUAUGUUAUAUACCUUACAAAACAAGCAUGGCUUUAUUCAAAGUAAUUUUUGUCCAGGGCCGUCCCCAGAAUAUACAGAACGGGGGGCAUUAUUUUUAUGUUCGUCUCAACCAAAAUAACUACCUGUAUAGUCUUUGAGAGAACCAAGCGCUGGAGAUUUCCAGUUAAAACAUUAGUAAGGCUAUACGUGAGAGAUGAUACGUCAGUAAGCAAGACUCUAUUUUUACAGAUCGACAGAUGUUCACUCGUCUUAAUUUUUCAAUGUAAUUUGUUUGUAAGACAAUGACCCAUAUUUAAUCUACCAUAUGCACACACUAUAAAGAGCAAAACAGCAUUUGAUGUUUGAAGUGGAUUAAAAUGACAUAAUUAGGAUGCAAGACUUUUUCACAAACCACUCAUAAUUAAGUUAGACUUUGAAAUGUUAAUUUUUAUUUAAAGUUAGUGUUGCUUAAAUAUAUUAUUGUUUCUUUGAGGUAAAUGCUGUUGGUUAAAUUUGAGUAUGUAAUCUGUAAAAUGCGCGAAAGUUUUUCCAAUGCCCCCCCAGACCACGUGCCUGUUUUUGUGUAAUCACAUUCUGAAAUAGUAUUAUAUUACCUUUCUUGUUUAUUAGUGUAUUGAAAGUGCAAUGUUUUCAUUCUUGAUGAAAUGAUGUCAUUAAUCAAGCUCUUUUUUUAAUGUUUUUUGAUUGCUGUGUAAAGGCAUAUUUUCUUCUUCCCGUCCUGGAUUUGUAUAAAGAGAAGUUUAAAAUAAACUUUUAUUGUUUGUGUACUUUAUGGAGACAUUUUAAACUAGCUUAGACUUUUCUUAACUUUUUCUGGUUUUGAAGCUUGAGAUGAAAUGAUCAUAUGUGCGGUGUUGUGGUUUUAAAAUUCUGCACACACACACGCAAGCAAUUGUACAGACACUGAUUUCUCUUGUGAUUUCAGUGCUCACGAGAGAAGGGUGUGAACAGCAGUGUGUCAUCACACAAGUGGCCCAAUUACAACACUUAUAUGAGGUUUCUAUGAGUCUGCGCAAAUGUACAGCAUGCUUUAAAUGACAGAGAACUCAUUAGGUAAUUCUGCACAGUCAUGUUUUAAAUGUUCAGAUACGUCAUUUAAAACGAUCUGAGCUUCUUUGUUUUCAAUCCUCUUGUUAAGUG